UACACUUUAUGGAGAGAGAAAUCAGAUUCUCAAUUAUAUGAACAUUUCCUCUGUAAUCUACAUUUCCACAAUUUCCGAUUCAAAUCGAAAAUAACGCCCAUCACUUUCUCUCUAAAUCCUUCACACGAUCAUCCACUUCAAUUUCUUUACACACUUCGUUUCAUCUUCGUUGUAAUCGUACAUUAGCUUACGAUCAUACCUACUGAGAAUCAAUCGAUGACGGUUAAGGUUAAUGGAUUUAUAGUACCAGAGGAGUUGAUGAAGCUACUCCUAAACCUGGCUUCAAAAUGGGGAGAAAUACUCGACGAGAAGACGAUGAAAGUGUCUCAUCUCAGCGGCGCGAUGACUAACGAGGUCUACAGGAUAAGCUGGCCGAUGAAAACAGAGAACCUUUCCCGGUCUGUUCUCGUCCGGAUUUACGGAGAAGGAGUCGAUCUGUUCUUUAAUCGUGAAGACGAGAUCCGUACUUUCGAGUGUAUGUCUAAACACGGCCAAGGACCUCACCUCCUAGGGCGAUUCUCUGUUGGCCGCGUUGAGGAGUUCAUCCAUGCCAGGACAUUAUCUGCUGGUGAUCUUCGUGAUUCAGAAAUAUCUGCUCUUAUAGCAGCCAAGUUAAGAGAGUUUCAUGGUCUUGACAUGCCUGGUUCUAAGAAGGUUAUUCUUUGGGGUAGAAUGAGGAACUGGUUAAGUGUUGCGAAAAACUUAUGCUCUGCUGAGCAUGCAAAGGAAUUCUCAUUAGACACAUUGGAGGAAGAAAUCUUGAAUUUGGAAAAGGAAUUAUCAACUGAGAAUCAAGAAAUCGGGUUCUGUCACAAUGAUUUGCAAUAUGGGAAUGUGAUGAUUGAUGAAGAAACCAAAUCGAUCACCCUGAUUGAUUAUGAAUAUGCAAGCUACAAUCCGGUUGCUUAUGAUAUUGCGAAUCACUUCUGCGAAAUGGCAGCGAAUUAUCAUACCGACACGCCUCAUAUUUUGAACUACGAUUUGUACCCAAGUUUGGAGGAGAGGCGAAGAUUUGUGCAAGCAUAUCUUAACUAUCCAGAUAAUGAUGAUGAAGAGAAGAGUGAAUUAGUAGAAGAAUUGGUGAAGGAUGUUGAGAAAUUCACAGUUGCAAACCAUGUGUUUUGGGGAUUAUGGGGAAUAAUAUCUGCGAGUGUUAGCAACAUCGAGUUCGACUUCAUGGAAUAUGCGAGGCAGAGGUUCCGACAGUAUCGGUUGAGGAAGCACCAACUUUUGGGUAAUUCGGAAUCUAACUACUAACUUAGUCUUUAAUAACUCUAAUAAGUAUUGAAUUUGAAAUUAAUAUUAUUCUAUGUACUAUAUUCUACUCUUAAUAAAAUAAUGUGGAGAUGUUAAUAAUAAUUGUAUAAU